UAGGCCACAGUUCUAUUUAAACUACAUUUCCCCAACCUGCUCGGCGAUGCAUUUCAAUAGCUUGGCGAUUACGAUUUUUUUUGCUACUAUCAUUAUUUAACGUUUAUUUUCUUGCCCAUUUGAGGCGAAUUACUAACUUUGCGUUUGAAUUAGUACUAUUUAAAAAAAAUAUUGUUCCUAUAAUUCAAUUCGUGUAACUCAAAGUGCACUCAGAACUAUACGGUAUGAUUUAUAUUCUUCAAUAUAGCACCAGUACAACUUAAACACACGCAGUUCCUCUAUAGAUCAUUCACAAACGUGUGUUUUUCAGAUAAAUAUAGCUCAUCAGGACGCCACGGAAUCAGAUGAGCGACCCGGAAACCGUGUUUCAGCAUUACCGUAACAUUUCGAGUAGAGGGACACGCUAAAAAACAAACCGGGGAAAGUUUGGAUCUGUUGCCUAGAGGCGCUGAAAUCAUGAUCUAACUAACGCGUUCUCACCAGUGUGAGAUUUCUCAUUGUGUUCUCAUCGCUUUAAACUCGAAAAGUGCGCAGUAAACAUCGACUGUAAAUCCUAUCUACACCUAUUUAGGUAGAAAUAAGCAUUAAAAUAAUACAUUGAAUGCAGCGGAAUGGUCAUCUACUCCAAACCAAAACAUCAGAGUACUACAGCAGCAUCAAACGCAGCCGACUGCCUGACUGACAGUUUGAGAUCUGGAGUGAAAAGCUCUGUGAGUGAUACAAGUGGGAGAUGUGUAUCUCUGUCUCUCAUUGUUCACGUCCUUCUUUCUCCUUUUCAACGUCUCUCCCUCUUCCCGAGGCCUCCGUGUCAUCUGAUGGCGUUCUGCUUAGCGGAGCUGAACCUGUGGUCCUCAAGAAGCAGUCUGAAUGUGCAAGACACAGAUAUUGGCACAUUCCAGUUUUAUGAGAAAGGAGAACCGGUCUUUCCUGCAGAUCAGCAUUACUACAGUGAGAAGCAGCACUUUGCCGAGACACGAGGUUACCCAUGGCUCCUGAGUAACCGUCGUCCGGAGAGGUUGAGAGACACCCUCAAGGAACUGGAGGAGCUGUUGCAGUCUAAUUCCUGUAUUUGUACCAAAUGGAGGACGAAGCAUUGCUGCCAGAUGCUGUUGAGCUCAGGUGUUUUAGUGACCCUCACUCUGAGUGGAGCUCAGUUAGAGAGAGUGGGCAUCGACAAAACACUGGUGGGACGACUGCCUGCUGACACCAUCAGUCACGCGGUGAUCGGUGAACGCUUCGUCCUUCUCUCAUUGGUGGAGAAGAGUCAGGUGUGUCAGGUGUACCUGGGUAGGCGGAGCCAGAGUUCACCUGAGCUUUCAGCAUGGCGUUUAGAGAAGCUCUCCGCUGCUGACAUUAAGGUCUCGUCCUUGGAGCUGGCAGGAGGAGGCGGCCGUGGUACGAGCAGGCGUGUGGCACUGAACCGUGGGCAGGACAUGGGUGUGUGCUGGUGGCAAGGCGGGCAUGACGACGUGUGGCCUUGGUCACCAGUUCCCAGUUCCUCAGAGCGGGCCAAUCUGGUAGUGCUGGGCUUUUCAGAAAGCGCUGGUCUCAUGGUUCUGAGCUCCAUACGCACUAAUGGUGAACCUUUGGACUGUUGCUUCAGCCUGACCCAACCCUACCAGAUCCUCACCGUCGAGCUGCACAAGGAGACCCACAGCUCCACUGCAGAGCUACGUGAGGAGCCCAGUCGCUCCAACAUUGAGCUGCGUGAGGAGGCCCAAGUCGUUCAAACGUGUGCGUACGAGUGCGCUCGUGGACGUUUGCAGCGCCUCUCAGCUACAUCUUUACCUCUAUCUUCUGCUCCUGUGUCUUGGUGCCGUGACCCAAGUGAGCGCUGGCUUCUGCUGGGCCUUCAGGACUCCUCUGUGGUGCUGCUCCACAUCGAAAUUGGCGUACAGACUUGUGUCAACUGCCCCAUGCUCCCUUCUGUACUGGUCUGGCACCCUGAUGGAGGCUUGAUUGUAGUGGCUGGGGGUCAGGGUGAGCUGCAGUGCUUUGAUUUGGGACUCAGCCCUCUCCGACUACAACUGGUGUCUGAGGAGGACGUCAUGGGUACGAGUGGCAAGAGUCUGCAGCUGGCCAGGCAUGUGAGAAUAGCCAGUGGUUUGGAGGGUGUGGAGUGGGCACACUCGCCCAUGUCACAGGGUGCCGAGGGGCUGGAAGUGCAUGAUCUCCUGAUGCUAAGGUUCCACAGAGGUCCUGUGGCUGCUCUGAGACUCCGACUAGGUAUACUGAAUGGGGCGCAGCUGGGGGUGGGUGAACUCCUGCAGCAUCGUCUGCGCUGUGGAGAGGUGGAUGCUGCACUGGGCAUUCUGGGUAAUAUGGACUGGUGCAUGAUGGGAGCAGACUGCUAUCGUGGUCUCAUCUCGGUGACUGAUCACCUGCUCAGAAAACCACUGGACGAGAGGACGGAAGCUCAGUUAGAAGCUGCUCUGGGGAUGUUCUACUCUCCGUCCAGAGCCUUAACAGACUCAGUUAUACUGGAGUAUCGAGACCCCAUCAGCCGCUACGCACGGAGAUUCUUCCAUCAUCUGAUCAGGCACCAGCGCUUUGAGAAGGCUUUUCUCCUGGCUCUGGAUAUCGGCGCUCGAGACCUGUUCAUGGACCUCCAUUACGUGGCACGGGACAGCGGGGAGCCUGUGUUGGCCAACGUGGCCCGACGGAAAGCUCAGGAGCUGGAUGCGGAAGGGGUCACGAGCUCAGAACCAGUUUCAGAUGAGCCCAGGCCUGUACUUAAACAACAGAAUGGAGUGUGUGUUUCCCCCGUUAACACACACACUGAAUGGGCCAACCUCAGUAAAGCCUACAAGAAAACAAGAGUUGACUCUAAGGGAAAGAUGGAUAGGGAGAUGGAAGAAGACCUCGCUGAGACACCGGUAAAUCCUGCCGUCUGGCCCUGGACUCAAACAGAAUUCCCGCUCCUCGACCACAGCGAUCAGGUGUCUAAAGACUCCGGAAAGCUCAAAGUCAUUCAUUUUGGCUUAGUAUGAACACCGAGUAUGAAUUUAUAUCACCUUACUGUGGAGCUGUUUAUUAGAUGCAACAGUAUGAUCUUGUAUUUUGUACAAAAGGAGCUUUUUAAAAAAAAAAAAAAAUAAAUAAAUAAAUAAAUAAAUAAAUAAAUAAGAAACCUCUCAGGAAAUUGACUAGUGUUUGUACUUCAGUGUUAAAUGUUCUUGAAAUAUUGUACAAACUAAUGCAAGGUGUUUUUUUUGUUUGUUUUUUUUUUGUUAAAUGGAAAAUGUUAGUUUCACGUUCUUGUAGUGAAUUUGAGUUCAGCGCCACAAGGAUUUCACAGAUCUAAAAAAAAAUAAAAAAAAUUUUUUUUUUUUUAAAUAAUAAAAUUUUGUACUGAUGGUAUUUUCCAGAGAUUCAUUACAUGCAUAAACAUUAGAACUUUU